AUAUCAAAAUUUUCUUAAUUAAAUUUUCCUCUAAGCAAAAACAAAUGUUUCAUCAAACCAACUUCUACACUUUCAAGAAAAAUAGUUUCACACGUAAUCGUGGAGUAUCAGAUCUCAGUUAGUAGCGAAUGAUUUGAGUUCAUAGAAUGUUACAGGAUGAUAUAUUAACGUUAGCUGCUGUCAGCGUUAGAAGCAUUGUGUUCGGUAGGUAAGAUGAAAAAUGACACGCACCCGAUGGCAGACAAUCACCUAUAAAUCGAUCGAACGCCCAUUCCCAUGAUUAAGGGCCAUAACUCUCGUCCGUUUCUUAAUAUUUGACGUCCAAUUAAGGCGCAGCCCGAUAUAUUCAGCUCGCGACAAAAUUUCACCGGGUUGCCACCCGGUAUGUACCGACUGUCGUCACGUGCCUCGAAUUUCCAUAAUCAUCGAACGGUUGUUUUACUGCCCCGAAAUUAUGCCGCUGUAUAAUCCAGACGCUUGAUGAUGAUUCUUUAAUCAAAUUGAUCGUGCCGUCAGCCUGGUAAUCGCGAGUUUCAAAAGCCAUUUUGCGUAUGGGAUAUGUGUUUCAGUCAGAAAAUGAUUAUUUAUUAAGUUCCAAAGAAAAUACAAUGUUUUGUAAUUUUGUACAAAAUUAAUUUUAAUAAUUUAACCAUCGUUCAAUGAAGAAAGAAUCGCCUGAAACGGGGGAGGUCUUUUAGAAAAUCACCGAAAAAGCGAAUACGUAUGUUCUGGAGUAUGGUAAAAGCCAUGGUAAACGCUUAACGGCUUAAUAAUUGCAUGCGCCGUUCCCUGUGUUCUCGGGUGGGCCCACGGGAAUCCGUUUUACAUGGUGCCGCAUAAUUACUAUGAUCCUGCGCUUCACGGUGCUCCAGUUCUCCGCGAAGUAGAGUCAGGUGGAUUCACGUGGCUUCUGACAGAAAGCAGCUCAAAAUGCGCCGCCGCCAAAGAAAACCUACAAUCAACGCGUCAAAAAGCAGAACUUUCACCUAACGAACGUUGUUCGGUAUCUCAGCUUUGUGCCACGCGUUCGCUGGAUCGGCUUCUACGAACCGUGUGUCGUGUUCGAAACAAUGUAAAAUUUUAUUCUUUUCCAUCCAUAUGGUUCAGAAAAUUUCGUUUAAUUUUUGUUCUUAAGAUUCAUGAAAGCUGAUAUAUUCACAGAGUGCACAAAUUAACGCACACACGUCACCUUCCACUAAGGAAACUUCAAUGUAAGGAGGUAGAACUUUCCUCGAAAGUUUCCUCUCUAUGGUGCCCUGGGAGCUAUUAAAAGACACAAAGUUUUUAGAGAAAUGUUUUAUAGCUUCCUAAGUAAAUUAACAGCACUGGUGUAGGUGAGAAACUUCAACAGUUACUUGCAUUACUUUUCUCAUAAAUACUUCAUAAAAUGAAAUUAAAUAUGUUUAUUGCCAUAAGAAAAAUGAAUAUUACAAGACUCAAUUUUAAAAUAAACUGAACGAAGUGCGAAUGGGUUCGUACUAGAGAUUCUGUUCAGCUCGCUUGGAUGCCAUAAUUAACUCGAUAACGAUGACAUUAUUGCCCGGCAGCGUCCUUCUUGCCAGAGGCACAGCUAUUAAAGCUCGCGGAUCUCUAGCCAGCAUCUCCCUCGACUAUUUCUCAGCCUCGUACCGUUACCCGCUUGAGAUUCACGCGCUCGUAUGCGCGUGUAAUCGCGCGGAUGCAGAUGCAGCACGCACGCACCGGUCUGCUCCCGUAAUCCUUUCUUGACGCCUGUAAUGGCCGGAAUUGUGAAUUCAAUUGCCUCUGAAUUGGAUGCAGUCGCGAAAGAGGCUGACCAUCGGCUCGGAGCACGUACGUGGACAUAAAGCGUGAAAAGCGGCCACGACGCGGGUGCAUCCGUCAGUCAGCCAACGAGCGAACGGACAAAGGAGAAUUGCACUCGUGAUCGUCGCUAGAGUGGAAAGAUCUUCCGAGUAGGUGACGACACGCUGCCGCCCGCUCGAGCACACUCGACGAUCGCUUUAAACGGAAAGGAACUCGAGUGGAAUCGCGCUUGGACUCGAGCUUGCGAGCUUCGACGACGAUCGAACGCUGCCGGAACUGUUGAUCUCCUUUGAAAAUGUAUUAGCAAAGAAAUACACGGUGGACUGCAAUUACCGAUGAAAGCCGAGGAAAUUGUAUGGCUUAAAGUAAAAUGAAAAUCAAAUAUGUACAGAAUGUCUAAAAGAAUCGAUAUACGUAAAGAAAAUUGCAAAAAUCGAUAUAUAAGAAAAGUGCAUGUGCAUCGGGUAAGUGCAUCGCUGCACCUGAUUUGAGAUAUCUCCUAAAAUAUUCUAUUUUCAACAUUUUACUCUAAUACUUUCUUAUAUAGAAUGUCCAAAAGAAUCGACCUACGCAAAGAAAAGUACAAAAAUCGAUUUAUAAAAAAAGUGCAUGUGCAUCGGGUAAGUGCAUCGCUACACUUGUCUUGAGAUAUCUCCUAAACUAUUCUAUUUUCGACAUUUUACCCUAAUACUUUUUUAUACAGAAUGUCUAAAAGAAUCGAUCUACGUAAAAAAAAAUACAAAAAUUCGUUUUUGAAAUAAGUGCAUGUGCAUCGAUAAAUGCAUCCGUACACUUGAUUUGAGAUAUCUUCUAUAUGGCAAAAUAGCAUUGAAGCAAACUACAUUUGACAUCGGCAUUACAAGAUAUAAAAUCCUUCACUGUCACAGGCAAUUAUAAAGCACGAUAUAAAGCAACUUAUGCGAUUCCUCUUGCGAAGACUUACAAACGUCGAAACGACUUGUUCCAAUCCUGUGAUCAAUACGAGACAUCAACUGGAAUGAUGGAAAGACAGAAAAGCUCGAUGAUCAGGCUACGUUUAUUAUCAGUGCUAUUUUGUUUCUAUCCGGAGGAGAUAAAUUAUGAAAGAUAACGUGACAUAACAUAGGCACGUAGUUGCAGGCUGACAUCGUGAGCUCGUCGUUUUUCAGGCCGAGACGCGCGUACCGCCCACUGCGAGACAAAAAGAACCUUUUUCGUUUGAUGAAACGGGUAGAACAAAACUACUUUCACAGAGAAUCUCAGUCUUAAACGUGUCUCGUUUAUUUAAUGGCGACACUGAUUCGCCUAUUCACGCUUCGAUCAUCUAAGAAGAGUGAAACCUCCUUUCGCAAGAAGCUACUAAUCAAGAAAUUUCUUAAACGUAGUUUCAUAGCCUUUAUGGCAGUUCUGUACAUUUGUUGCUUUUAUAGCAUUAUUAUGCAGUAUACAUAAGAAGUUUUUGUUUAAAGAAGAUAAACUAUCUAGAAAAAUCAAUGUUGGAUUAAGGAGACAGGUUGAGGAUCGCUGGUUCCUUAUGUCCUUACUUCUUAGCUGGAAGAUCUGCGAAGAGGCGUCACGGGGAUGUCGUUGAGCGAGCUGUCCUCUCGUCUUUCAGCCACUCCCAUUUUCAGCUACCGAGUUACUGCCACUCUGUCAAUCUCACCUGACGUUCCCGUCCAAACGAAGAUACACUCCUGGCCAUGAAUAACCCAGCGAGGUUGUUCACGUUGUCACCAAGAGGAAAAGUUGCAUCGUUUCUAUCCCGUGAAAUAGCGAACGCGAUCUGCCUUGAAAAUUGCUUCGAAGAAUCUUCUAAGUGAAAGGUGACAUUACUAAUGAACACAUUCCUGAUGGACAAAUAUUUAAUACUCUUCACUUCCAAUAUUGUCUCCUUUCAUCUGGAGCUGAUCAAUUGUCCCAACACCGUCGUAAAUAAUACUAUUCCUGGAAUGCAAUACUCCAGAGCGCUGCAAGUCAAUUGUCAAGAUGCAAGAAAUCAGCACAAAGGGAUUCCAUCCUUGGAUUUUCCAGCUCUAAGCGAGUUACCAGGUUGCCCGACUGGAUGGAAGGUCGUCCCCAAGGCAUUUCAUUUGAAUAAGACAAAUGAAGACAUCCGGGAGGCACACGGCGAGAACGAUGAAGCUGAUAGCCGAGAUUGGGGCGAGGAUCACCAACAGCGUGCUCGAGCAUCGAACCGUGCCGAUUGAUUACGAUCGUUACCAAGACAAUGCCCCGACACAGGCUUACUCUAACGACGCGGUUCUGACUUAGGCAUCGAGGAUUACUUCGGAUAGCCUACGCGACGGUUAACAAGCUCCGUAGAUCGAGUUUUGUUCGUUGAAAGCCGAUCCUCCGGCUACUGCCCACGUCUCGACGUCUUUGGCAUUUUUCGACCAAGCGAAUCGCCGCUUUAUCAUGCAAAUCGCGUCUGGUAAAUGGAAAAUCACCGACGGUGGCCGCUUCGGAAUCCUUCCAUGUCACGCGACAGUGUGGAUUCAGAAAACAAUUACUAGGAUUUUUAAUUUACCAAAAGAGAAAGCGAGAAAAUUAUCGGGCAACGUCGAGGAACAGCAAUUUUCAUGAAAGUUACAUUUUUUUUAAAUGAUAUAAUUUUCAUCCAGGCUUCAUAGUUACUCGAACAAGGUUGCCACAGCAUUAUUAUCGUUAGACAGGUAGUUGAUAAGUGGACCAACAAGAGCGAAGAUGCUUGCUCAAUUUGUCUGGUGGGCGAAUAACGUGUUAACGGGCUAGAAAGUGGCUGCAGGUGCUUGCUUUCGUGACUCGACGCGUUAGCAGCGUGGUUACGCUUCCCUAUACUGAUCAUCCUACCAAAGACUGUUUUCUCGUCAGCCGUACGAAAAUGUGUGUAAUCGAGCAAGCUUGUUUAAAAGGAUCGAGGAACGCUUCUCUCUGAAUAGUAGAUCGCUUCUCGGCUGAAACUUUCUAUCAGAAUGAUCCGGAUCGAAGUUAGAGAGCGGAACGUGUUAUCAAAGAGAUCCUUUGUGAAACAAGGGAUGAAAGAUUUAAGCAUAAAGUGGCUGCAACGAGUACCAUUUAACUGCGGUUGCUUUCAGAUAUUAAUAAUCCUUUUGUUUUUUAAUUUAACACCUGAUAUGAAUUUUAUACAAACGUUCGCAGAUAAAAUAAACGACGGGCCAAUCAAUAAUUUCAUUUGCAGUAUAAAAUAAACAAAAAUAAUACUUUUCUAUAAAAAUUUAAUUCACUUUAAAUUGAAAAUUCUAUCUUGCUACAAUACAAGAUUUUUCAUAUACGCCGGAACGUGGCAGAGUAUCGAACGUACAUACAUCAAGAGGAAAGAAGAUUUGUCCGUCAGAGAAUCGUAUUCGAUACGUUUCAGACGCACCGUGAAUGAAUCAUGUUUCCGAUUGUUGCCGGUAUAAACCGUAUCGAAGCCACCCCCGCGAGCGUGUACUCGAGCGGGUGAAACGCGCGGCGGCGGCGACGGUGGUGGUGAUGGUGGUGGGUGUCGGUAAGGGAUGGGGGUAACAGAAUUUCUGCGCAACUCCGAGCAUUUCCCCUGUCCCUCGCCAUCUGCUGGAAGCUGCACGAGUGAGGAGAUGUAUUGAACAGGCUGAGUGCGCGUGCAGAGAUGCGCGAGUAUCCGCGAAUUCCCGGCAGCACGGGGCCGCAGUCCGCACAAUAAAGAAAAAAAUUGCACGGAGUUAGGGGAACGGAGAGGCGAGCAGCCAGACGGAGACAGAGAGACCGUCCUAAUCCUCCUGGACGCCGAAGAGGCAGACUCGAUUAAUAGUCACGGUCGCGAGAGAAACGACGUCGUCCUCGCCGGUAACCCGGGAUGAGAGUGACGUUGGUACUUUAAGCCGAGAGCUUCCGGAACGGUGGACGUCGAUGGGCCACCGUAGUCUGGUGAAACGUUUCGUGUGAUCGCAUUUGAAAUAAUCGUCGGUCAUGUAAACGGCGUGCUCGCGUUUUAACUGGAGGUCCGUUCUUCGAACUGGGAUACGCGAUAACGAGGAUGAGACCUAGUGCGGUUCUUCUGUUGCUCUUCCUGUGCACCUUCUACCUGGCUACCGAGUCGAAGCUACAUCAACAGGCGGCCGUAGACGAGGAUGACGACGACGACGACGAUUGGGACGACGACGAGGACGAGGAGGACGACGACGAGGACAGCGAUCAGUCUUAUCCGUCCAAGACAGAGGUGGACGACGAUGGUCGUAUCUACAAGAACCCGAGGAAUUCGCCGUCGGCGAUGUGUCCCAGGGACGAGAAGCAAGCGGGUCUCCUCGGUCAGAAGUGUCUGAGAAAGUGCUCCACCGACGAGGACUGCAAGAGCAAGAAGAAAAAGUGCAGAUGCGACGGUGCCUGCGGGAUGUCUUGCAUCAAACCGGAGAGGGAAUGUCCGGCUCUCCCCGAGAUCCAACACGGCGUGAUGACAGUGACCGGCAGAUUUUUCGGCGAUCGUGCCCAUUACACCUGCGAUCCUGAUUACUUUACCGUCGGCCUGACCGAAAUAACGUGCCGAGCCGACGGCCACUGGACCGGCACUACGCCAUCCUGUAAAAAGGAUCCAAGCUCCUUUUGUUCUCAACCACCGAAAGUGAAGAACGCCAGGCACAACGCUCUCGUCGAACAGACGACCUUUGAUCUCGACAGCGUCGUACAAUACUUUUGCGAUCAUGGAUACGUAACCACCGGUGUUAAGGAAGCGAAAUGCCUGUUGAUGGAAGGUAUAGCUAGCUGGUUCGGUCCUGAUAUCACAUGCGAACCACAAACCUGUGGUCCACCGGCGGACAUCUCCAAUGGUUGGCACGCUGGCGAGUGUUACACGUUUGAUUGUCGCGUGUCGUAUCAUUGCGCGGACGGCUACGAAUUGGUCGGCAAAGCUGAGAAGUUGUGUUUGGCUGACGGCACAUGGACCCCGAAAGAAACGCCACAAUGCGUCCAAGUUACGACGGUGCAAUGCCCGAAACCGGAGAACCCGGUCGACGGGAAGGCUGUGUACACAUCGUAUGCAUACAAUUCGAUCGUGUCGUACGAGUGCAAUUACGGGUACACGGUGGUUGGCGCGGCGACGAGACGGUGCGGGGCUGAUAGAAAAUGGACUGGAAAGACACCUACCUGUCAGGAGAUUGAUUGCGGUUCACCUGGUGUUCUGUACAACGGUUGGAUUGAGAAUAUCGAGGCGGGCACCGGACUAGGCGCGAGCAUAAUUUUCCGCUGCAACGACCACAUGAAGCUCGAAGGGAAUACGUCAUCCGUCUGUCAGAUCGACGGGACGUGGCGUUAUCCGUUGCCGCAGUGUCUCGCUCCGUGCGUGGUGCCGCAGAUAGAGAACGGUCACAUAACCGUGGCGAGCAACGAUCACAUCAACAACGUGACCGUGGUGGAGCACGGGGAGAGAUUGCUGGUCUCGUGCGUGCAGAAUUAUGAAUUCGCGGCUAACAGCACACCGGUGAUGUGUAACAACGGCACGUGGUCGAUAGUGCCGAGUUGUUCGCCGGCCAGGUGCAAGCUGAUGCCGAAGCCGCCGAAAAAUGGUAUGGUGAUCGCGCCUAAAACCGACCACGGCAUGAAGGCGGUAUUCAAAUGCAAGGACGGCUUCGAGCUGAUCGGCGGCGGGCCGUUAAACGCCUCGUUGUCGGUCGAGUGCCAAUAUGGAAAUUGGAUCGGCGACAUACCGCACUGCGGGCAAGUGUUCUGCCCGUUUCCGGGCUUCAUCGAGAACGGAAAGGUGUUCCUCAUGGGGAACAUGGGCGUCUACGAUUACAGGCCGUACGUUAAGAAAGUUGUGAACAAUAAACAGAUCAUGUACGAUUGCGAUAAAGGAUACGUGCUGAACGAAGGACCCACCGGAGCCACUUGCAUCGGAGGAAACUGGAGUCCGAGGGAACUGCCCAAGUGUAUACCUGGACAACAUCCCAGGCUGAGAUGGAGCAGACGCAGGAGAUCCGUCAGUGAAGAAGAUCUUACCAUGAGCUAUAGGAAAUUCAUCGAGUUCUUCCGUAAGAUCGGCAAGAAACUGCUUCACCUGGAGAUGAACAAGGGAAAAGAUCACUCUAAACACAAAUCGGACGUGAAAAACUCGAACGCGACUCGUCAGGACAACAGCACGGAAAGUUUAUCCUGGAAGAAGCACGCAGGACACGGGAACAGGUCUCGGCUGCGCGAGGAGAAGAUGAUCGACUUCCUGAAACUAGUCUAUCGGAAGCUUCAACGAAUCGACGCAAGACAAUCGAACAAUUCCACGAACGGUAGCAUGCACGAUCUUCUGAACGCGAUGUCUAAGAACUUCUUCCACGUGGACCUGUCGGAAUCCCGUAGGAACGGAACAGGAGGCAGAGGACGUUCGGAGUUCGAGAUCAGGAAUCAGAGAGAAUUCAUCAAGUUGAAGCGAGAAUUCGAGAGAAUCAUGCGUUUCUACAACAAAUCGAUGCGAUGGAACGAGAAGCAGAAUCGCAAGGAAUCGAAGAAGAAGGGCCAGUCUCACGGUGACAAAGGGAAGAAAUUAAAGGAGAAGAAGAAACACAGGAAGAACUAUUACAAAGGAUUCUACGAGUUCGUCAACAGUUACGUUACCGAGAAACUGACGAUGCUGGAAGCUCGAAACGCGACCGAAGAGUUGAUCAAAAACAUGAAGAUCGAUAAGUUCACCGUGAAAAACGGCACCACGUUCACCGUGGGCGAGAUGUACGCGUUCUUCAAACAUAUCAUAGAGGCUAAACUGAACGCGAGCGAGGAGACGACGCCGACCGAGACGUCUUCGACCCCGUCCCCCUCGUCCACGACGGCCUUCGUCGUAAGCACGACUAUCUCGAGCGCGUCGACGAGCGACGGCAACACGACCACCACGUUACCGACCCCUAAAGAGAUCGAAUCCCACGAUAAUCGAUCCUCGACGAUCGCCAGUAACGAGUCCACCGUCCUGGACAACGAGAUACCCGCCAAAGAAGGUGUGCCAAAGCACCGCAGCAAACGAAUACGAAACGCGUCCGAAGACGCUGGCCCUCCGCGACAGAAGAGGAGGCUGCUGUCGUUGAUCGGUAACAAGAACAACGAUGGAUCAUCGUGGCACCGGGUCUCAGAGAGAUCGUACGCCUACGAUGACGAGAAGACCAGGCUGUUCACGUUCAGGGAACUCGAGGCUCAACAGCAGAGCCGUUCGAAAAGAUUUCUACCAUUGUACGAGCUGGAUAAUCAAAUAUUUCUGAAGAACUUGUAUCUGAACGCGUACGAGGACGGGUAUCGAACGAACGUGAAACGAUCGAUCGUUUUAGGAAAUCGUACGAACGAGCCGAUCGUUUACAGGCGGCGCAAAGGGAACCUGGUCGAUUACGAGAUCAAGUGAAUCGAGAUCUUUAGUUCAUUUUUUUUCUUUCUUUCUUCCAAUUCCUCGUUUUUCUUUGUGUUGUGGUACCGAUCGGAAUUCGACGAGGUCAUUUAAACGAUAUCAAAGUCGAUUUUUAGGCGAGUAUACAGCACAUAUACGGAUAGAUUGUAAUCGUUGUCCCUGGUCGAUGCGCAUUGUAAGACGUGUAUCGCGCUUUUUUCAUCAAUAAAUCCAUUUUUCCAUUGCGAGUCUCUCGGUGUACCCGAUUUAAACACGGGAUUCAUUAUUCGACAAUUUAUCGACGCGAUGUGAGCUUGAUAGAUCGGCCCACCAGUUCUUCUUCUAUGAUAUUCUCUUUCGUUCAACCCUCGUCGUGUUGUUUUAGCUGGGAGAAUGGUGAGUUGUGACAAAUCCUGGGCAGUCGAGAUUAAUUUUCGUGGUGAUCGAGAGGUCAUCAAAUUUUAAGACUGAUCUGCUUCAAAUUUUAACAUCUGUGAUUUGGUUUGUGGAAAAUUUUUAAGUUUCUUCUAAAAAAUUUAAGUGAAAGUGUUUCUUUCUUUCUUCCUGAUUCUUAAUCAAAUAUCACAAUGAUAGUUCAUAGAUAAUAUAUACGAGUGAAAAAUCAAAGGAACGAACGUAUCGACUGCAAAAGAGGUGAAGGUACUUUAGGUAUCUAGAAGGUAAACCUAGAGAUCAAUCGCAUCGAUGAGAACGCCUUUCUUCUUUUUAAAAAUGUAGUUAGCUCACAUCGCAAAGUAUUUUAAGCUCUUCGAAAAAUCCUAUUAGUAGAGGAUACGUUAACGUAUUUUAAGUAUCACAAGUGGGAGUAUCGUGUCCAAACACAGUUUUGGAACUCGUUCAAGCAAAACGAUCUUCCGUUGAUAAUUAAGUUUUUCAAUGAACUCGCGAGGCUGUGUUUGUUAAAUCAUUGUAUCGAUUAAAAAAAGAAUAGGUUUUUUAACUGUUAUCGAAAGCAUUGUAACGUUGCGACGUUGUACAUACGUUAAUUUAACGUGUUUCUCUUCGGUUUGAUACCAAGAUGAAGAAAAAAAAAAAAAAUAUACGGUCGUAUCAAUAUUCCCGUCCUUGUCUAUUCGUAAUUAACUUUUACUUGCAAACAUUUAAGGUUCAAAGAAUACGUUUGAACCAUAUGUAUCGAUCUAUCGGUCGAUCGAUCUAUCAAACAUCAGACACAUUAUCGAGCACACCAUACACACACACACGUACACAUGAACCACUCUUAAACACUGGUGCAUUUUUAUGAACAACAAAUCAUGGACAAGUAUCAUUAGUGAAUAAUAAGUAUUAUGAUACGAACAA